CAUAUUCCCAUUCAACCUUUUCUUGUUGCAUUAUCUCUUUCAAUAUACGAGUAUUUUUUAUUUUUUUUUGACUUAACCAGCUUAUACAUAUAUAUUGUUAAAAUCUUGGGCUCGAUAAUGUUCCCACGGUAUUUGAUGGUUCCUUUGCUGGUAAUGAUAGCAAUAUUGUUGGCGAGGCUAUGCGAUGCAGGAUGUGGUUAUGAAGCUAUUUUUAACUUCGGUGAUUCAAAUUCUGACACUGGUGGUUUUUGGUGGGCAUUUCCUGACGCCCCGCCGCCAAAUGGUAUGACGUAUUUUAAACAUCCCGUGGGUCGUGCCUCUGAUGGUCGCCUCAUGAUCGACUUCAUAGCGGAAAGAAUAGGAGUUCCAUAUGUGAGCCCAUACUUGAAGUCCAUUGGAUCGGAUUAUAGGCACGGUGCAAAUUUUGCAACGCUUGCAUCAACCGCGCUUAUACCAGAAACCUCCUUGUUUGUAUCCGGACUCAGCCCAUUUGCAUUGCCCAUUCAACUUAACCAAAUGAAACAUUUCAAGGCACAAGUCCACGAACUUUACUCCAAAGGGUCAUCUAAUCUUCCUCCACCAGAUAUAUUUGGAAAGUCGCUUUAUACAUUCUACAUCGGUCAAAAUGAUUUCACAUCCAACUUGCCUAAAUAUGGCAUCAAUGGAGUCAGAAAAACACUUCCUAAAGUCAUUUCACAAAUUACCAGCACCAUUAAGGAGUUGCACGGGUUAGGGGGUCGUACAUUUUUGGUCCAAAAUUUGGCACCCAUAGGAUGUUACCCUGCAUUUUUGGUACAACUCCCUCAUAGUGAGAAUGAUAUUGAUGAAUUCGGGUGUUUAAUCUCAUACAACAAGGCUGUGGUUGAAUACAAUAAUAUGCUCCACGAGGCACUUCUCCAAACGAGGCAACAACUCUUGGAUGCCAAAGUCAUUUAUGCCGAUUCUCACAAAGCAUUGCUAGACCUUUUCCAACAUCCGACUUCUCAUGGUUUAAAGUAUGGCACAUUAGCAUGUUGUGGGAAUGGAGGUGGUUCCUACAACUUUAAUCCGCAAGUGUUUUGUGGGAAUAACAAGAUUGUAAACGGCCAAAAUGUCACGGCAUCAGCUUGUAGUGAUCCAGGAAAAUAUGUGAGUUGGGAUGGUGUCCAUGUCACAGAGGCUGCUAGCAAGAUCAUCGUCGAUAAAAUCCUCGGCGGUGGCUUCACAGAUCCACCUUUCGAAAUCCGUUGCUCAUAACUUGACUCUAGUUAAUAUAUCGCUUUCUAGCUUGCUGAACCAAAAAAACCCAAUAAAGUAAUGACAUAGAUAAGUAAAUUCAUAUUUACAUAUCUUGUACACUAAGGAUUAUAAUAAAGGCCUAAAAGGCCCAGAUAACUACUUCUAGUUCGUGAACCAA